AUGACAAAACGACAGAGAGCUAAAAUGAAUAGGGAAACACCAGAAGAAUACCUCGAACUGCCAAUGGACACGGGCAAAAAGAAGUUCUUAACAGAGGAAGAAGAGCAAUUGCGUAGAUCAGAAGUUGCAAGAAGGAGAAAAAAUCAAAGUAUUCAAAGAGCCGAAAAAGAUAAAGCAGAUACUAUUAAUCGACUACUAAAAAAGCAAGCAACAAAAAGUAAACGUAUUAUCGACGAUGCAGCAGAAGAAAAAGAAACCCCUCAUGAAAAAUUAAGAAGACUGCAAGACCCCAAUCGUUUGCGCUAUAUUGAUAAUAAAGAUGGCUGUCAAUUGAUUAUACCCGCCGUCUACACAAUUGAACAAGUCUUUGGUCAGCAUAAUGAAUCAGUUCCGCGACAACCACGUCAGAUACCACAGUGUCAAGUUGAAGGCUGUUCAAAGGAUCGAAAAUAUACGGCAAAGAAGAGCGGAAAAUAUGUUUGUUCGCUGGAGCAUUAUAAGAUUGUUGAAGCGAAUUGA